AUGUUACCGGGGUUAGAAAAAAAGAUUGACAAGGCAAAAUUAAAGCCAGGUACAAGAGUUGCUCUCGAUAUGACAACAUUGACAAUCAUGAGGAUUUUACCUCGUGAGGUUGAUCCUUCAGUUUUCAACAUGAUUGAAUCAAAAGAUGUCAAAUUAGAUAAGACACACUUUAACGAAAUUGGUGGCCUCAAUGAACAAAUUAGAGAAUUGAGAGAAGCUAUUGAACUUCCCCUCAUCAAUCCAGAAAUUUUCGUGAGAGUUGGUAUCAAGGCACCAAAGGGUGUACUUUUGUACGGACCUCCUGGUACUGGUAAAACAUUAUUGGCAAGAGCCAUUGCAAGCAAUAUCGAAGCAAACUUUUUGAAGGUUGUAGCUAGUGCCAUUGUAGAUAAAUAUAUUGGAGAAUCAGCUCGUAUUAUCCGUGAAAUGUUUGGAUACGCUCGUGAUCACCAACCUUGCAUAAUUUUCAUGGACGAAAUCGACGCCAUUGGUGGUAAAAGAUUUUCUGAAGGUACAAGUGCCGAUCGUGAAAUUCAAAGAACCCUCAUGGAAUUGUUGAAUCAAUUGGACGGAUUCAACGAUGUUGGUCAAGUCAAAUUUAUCAUGGCUACCAAUAGACCUGACGUUCUGGAUACUGCCUUGAUGAGACCUGGUCGUCUGGAUAGAAAGAUUGAAAUUUCAUUGCCCAAUGAACAGGGAAGAUUGUCCAUUUUACAAAUUCACUCCAAAAACAUGACCAAACAAGGUGAAAUUGACUAUGAUGCCAUUGUCAAAUUAUCGGAUGGCUUCAACGGAGCAGAUCUUCGUAACGUUUGUACCGAGGCUGGUAUGUUUGCUCUCAGAGCCAAGAGAGACUAUGUGAUACAGGAGGACUUUAUGAAAGCUGUGCGAAAGAUGAUGGAUAUGAAGAAGUUAGAAACCAAGCUUGAAUAUAGCAAGAUUUAA